AUGUCGAACCGAAUGUGUUUCGAGGGGCUGGACAGGAGUUUGCGUGACAUCUUGUCUAUAGAUGAUCCCACACUCACUGAUUUACCUUUUGGUGGUCUUGUAGUGGUUUUGGGUGGGGAUCUUAGGCAAAUACUUCCUGUUAUUGAAGGUGGCACUCGACCACAGGUUGUUGCUGCCACUAUUACGAAUUCUCCCCUCUGGGAUUCUGUUACUGUUUUGGAGCUUAACGAAAACAUGCGUUUGGCUGUGCCAGGAGCAAGCGUUCAGCUGCAACGGGAGAUUUCCUUGUUUAGUGAUUGGGUUCUUGACCUUGGUGAGGGAAAACUACCGCCUGCAACAUGUGGUAACGAAGUAGUUCCUAACCUGGUAGACAUUCCAGAUGAUCUUUUGAUCCACACUGAGGGUGACCAUAUAACGACCAUUAUUUCUGCUGUUUAUCCAGAUUUUGCUUCCAACUUCCAAGAUUUUUCGUAUUUACGUCAAAGAGCUGUGCUUUCUCCCACAAAUGACUUGGCUGAACAAAUCAAUAGUCGUGUUUUGGACAUGCUUCCCUGUGAGGGUAGGGAAUAUUUGAGUUCAGACUCGAAAUCUUCUCCUGCUGGGACGAUCAACGAAAAGGACUUGUUCUAUCCUCCUGAGGUCUUGAAUGCGAUUGAAAUUCCUAAUUUCCCUGCCCAUAGGCUAUUUCUUAAAGAAGGUGCCCCUAUUAUGUUACUUAGAAACUUGAGCCAAUCCACUGGACUGUGCAAUGGCACAAGGCUUAUUAUACUUGAGCUUGCUGACCGUGUACUAAAGGCUGUAAUCAUUACUGGGUCACACAUAGGAGAUGUCGUUUACAUUCCAAGGAUCGAGUUAACGACAAAAAAAAAAACUAAAUGGCCAUUUAUUCUGCUGCGGCGGUAG